AGAGAACUCAAAUCCACUCGAGAACCUCACGUAACAAUAUUUGUCAACUAAUCGUCCCGUUUAAACAAAAUACUGUUAUAUUCAUUUUCAAAAAAUAAAUAAACUGGUAACUUUUUCCGACAAAAAUUAAUACCAAUUGACUAAAAAAAUGGUUUCUCUAGCUAAAGGAAUUUUUAUCAUCUCGGCGAAAAGGACCCCAUUCGGCGCUUUUGGAGGAAAGCUUGUCGACAAGACAUGUGUCGAUAUGCAAGAACAUGCAUCAAAAGCGGCUCUCGCAGCUGCAAAAAUUGAUCCAUCGUUAAUCGAUUCCGUUGUGAUUGGGAAUGUUAUCAGCAGCUCAAGUCCUGAUGCAGCAUAUAUUUCGAGACAUGUUUCACUUCGAUGUGGAAUUCCUAUCGAGCGUGGCGCCCUGACCGUAAAUCGCCUUUGUGGUUCUGGAUUUCAAUCAAUAGUUAACGCAGCGCAGGAAAUUUCUAUCGGGGAGUCCAACAUCGUUUUAACUGGAGGAAGUGAUAGCAUGAGUCAAGCUCCGUUCGCCGUACGUGGAGUCCGUUUCGGGACAAGAUUAGGUGCACCUUACAACUUGGAAGACUGCUUGUGGGUCUCACUGACCGAUCAACACUGCAAAACACCGAUGGGCGUAACGGCUGAAAAUCUUGCGGAAAAAUAUAACCUCACCCGCGACGAUUCUGAUCAGUUUUCACUUCGAUCACAACAAAAUUGGUUCAAGGCGAACGAAGCCGGCUAUUUCAAGGCUGAAAUUGCUCCCAUGAAAUUAAAAAUUAAAGGAAAAGAGGUCGAAAUGACGGAGGAUGAGCAUCCAAAGCCAAAAACGACACUGGAAGGACUUGCAAAAUUGCCAACCGUGUUUAAAAAGAAUGGAACAGUUACUGCAGGAUCUGCGUCGGGCAUUUGCGAUGGAGCUGGUUCAGUAAUUGUGGCCUCCGAAGACGCCAUAAAACAGCAUAAGUUGAAACCGUUAGCCCGUGUAGUAGGCUAUGCAGUGGCAGGAGUUGAACCGACCAUUAUGGGAAUAGGGCCUGUGUCAGCCAUCACGAAAGUAUUGAAAGCGACCAACCUGACGUUGAAUCAAAUCGACCUGAUUGAAAUAAAUGAAGCAUUUUCUUCGCAAGUUUUAGCCUGCAGGAAAGAAUUGGGAAUCGAUUUAGAGAAAUUAAAUCAAAACGGGGGCGCGAUUGCUUUGGGUCAUCCACUUGCUGCUUCGGGAUCUCGUAUAACCGCCCACUUGACGCAUGAGUUGAUUCGUCAAAACAAGAAAUACGCCAUCGGAUCUGCCUGCAUUGGUGGUGGUCAAGGAAUAGCUCUCUUACUGGAACGAGUCUAAACAGGGAUACCAUUCCAGCCGAGAACAUUAAAAAAAACUCUACAUCACAAUCAGAAAAAUAUUCUUUUAACAAUUAAAAAAAUCAGUCCAUGUUUAUUUUCUUCGAUAUUUCGACAAAUAAAUAAAUAAAAAAUAUA